AAAGUAGGCGUUAAGACUUUGACAUGCUGGCAUUCAAAACGCACAGAAAGACGAGGCACUCAUAGGGGUAGGACGAUAAGAAACUCUGAAAACAGUUUAGAUCAGAAUAUGGCUGAGGUGAUUUACACCAUGCCCAACAUGGCCAGGAACACACAAGGAGAGAGAGAGGAGAGGAUUGUGGACAUCUACGCUACCAGUGAGAGCCUCGGAGAUCAACACCAGGACUAUGUGGGGACAGAGGAGUCCUCCAAUACUCUGGGAACAGUAAGAAGUCAGCAGCCGGACCCUGUGAGCCCUCCUCGGUGGCCGAUCAGGGCUGUGGUGGUGCUUCUGGUCCUGCUGUCUGUUGCCCUGCUGGCUGGACUGCUUGGGCUGGCAGUGAAACACAAGAUAGUCAUGGACAGGCUGAAGAAUGUGACAGAGCAGAGAGACUCACUGCUUAUUAAACAUGACUGUGCACGUGGUUGGGAUAAGUUUGGUCGUAAAUGUUACCUGCUUUCCGGACGGUGGAGAUCCUGGAAUAAGAGCAGGGAGUUCUGUGUUUCCAACGGAGCAGAUCUGGUGGUGGUGGACAGUAAAGAGGAGAUGGACUUCAUCAGCGGGUACAGCGGGGCCCCCUGGCUCGGAGCGACAGAUGAGGCCAGUGAAGGGGUGUGGAGAUGGGUUGAUGGGACCGUCCUGUUAGUGGAUAACCACUCCUGGAAUGGAGGGAAACUUGAUGGUGGCAAGAAGAAGAACUGCUUAAGGAGGGUCUGGGAGCAGCACAACAAUAAAUGGACAGAUGAGAGAUGUGAAGCCUUAAAGUUUGGGCUUUGUGAAUAUAAUUUAAUGAAAUGAUGGAUGAAAACAUUUCUUUGUCUGACAGAUGUGUUUGACUAUUUUUUUUAUGUUAAUGCCAACUAACAUUCGUUGUUUUGUUUCAUGCUUGUUGAGUUCUUCCAUUCGAUCAGAGCUGUGAUUGGCUGCAAGGUUUUUUAUCUCCUUAAAAGGAGAUGACAUGAAGACUUCCCUGGUCAUUGCAGGAGCUGUGCAUAGAUGCUUUUCUUGGUAUAUUAUUUUUUUAAUGUUACCACAGUUGAUCUUGGUGUUGGAGGCUGAGGUUAGGUAAAGAGUCAUGACAGGCAUUGGCUGUUUCUCAGUUGCUGCAAACCACACUAGUUCUCUAUUUAGGGCUGCAUUUGAUGCCUUUGCCUUUGUCCCCUCAGCUAAUUAAUAAAUUAUUUUUCUGUUUAAAUGUAUCUUGACUUUGUCACAAUGUAACUCACUACAAAACAUCCAUGAAUUGUCUAGUGGUUUUACAGUGUUCAUAUAGAACAGUGUGUUCAGAGAGAAUCAUUUUACAAGCAGUACAAGUCUGCCCCCUUAGUGGUCAAUUCAAAAUACUAGAAGCUUAAUUUCAAGUUACUGAAGAAAAGCUUUUGAGGGAACAUAUGCAUUCUCACACAUACAGAGUCAAUUGCAUUUCAACUGUAAAUGUAGUGUCCAUUCAGCUGUGUUUGCUGUCGUGAAUUUGACCUUUUAUUAAAUUAGCUCUUGAUUAA